AUGCGUGUGCAGCUACUCGGUGACGACGAUGAACUAUUGCUUUCUUUCUCGGAGGGAGAACUUCGAAACAGAAACCCGUCUAUGGUUGGUAAGACCAUCCUGUGGAUUGCACUGUGUCUCCAACAACUUCCUUCGGAGUUUGAUAUAGCCUCUCUUGAUCUUCCCUGCUUACCAUGGGUCCUAGUGGAAGAUUGUAUCACCCGUGUUUCUACACUCGUCUGCUCUGAUGACUCUAUUGCCAGUUGUAUCGACGGUCUCGAGUGCUUGGUUUUGCAAGGGUUGAUCUUUAGCAACGACAGGAAGCUACGCAGUGCAUGGCUUUCUUAUCGUCGAGCUGCAAACAUAGCCCAGAUAAUCGGGUUCCACCGUGCUGAACCCGCUCCCAAUGAAAGCGCCGAGUAUCAACAUCGGGCGACAUUCAUCUGGAGACAUAUUCUCAUGGUUGACAGGCAUUUUUCAUUGAUUCUGGGUGUGCACGGAGCAAUAUCAAAUACGGAAAUAGAUCUAUGUCAAUCUAACCCAAGCGACUCUCAAGAUUUGCCCGUCCACAAUGAAUACGUUCUGAACCCGCUUGCUCGGAAAGCCGGAUCAAUCAUUGAGCGUAAUCAAACAUUCACAGAAGUCACUCCGGCAAUGCUGCAGAUGACACAGGGCAUCGAAGCAGCACUUCAAGCAUUCCUUCAAGCAUUCGAACCACCCCCUUUGGCAUCACCCGACAAUGUUCCGCCAGGCAAUUGUCCCGAGCGGUCCUUGUGUUUCCUCAACCUUCACUAUCGCUUAUGGUACUACCUGCUCAUGGCUUGGUUACACCUGCCUCUCAGGUACUGA